ACCCAGAUGCGAGAAACGCCAAGAUUUCGAGUACUGGCAUGACAGCUACUCAUCUUGCAACUCUUGCUGGACAUGUUGAGAUUGUGAAGGAGUUGAUUAAAGGAAUGAGUGAAGAAUUGGAAAAGGAGAACAACGAUGGUGACACUGCUCUGUGUAUGGCUGCUUACAACGGCAAGACUAAGAUCGCACAACUUUUGGUUGAAAAGCAUUUCGCGUUGAUUGGGUUUCCAACCCCGAGCGAGCUUAUUCCAGUUUCGAUUGCAUGUAUGAGAGGCCAUAAAGAAGCAACUCAUUUCCUUUACUCUGUCACAGCAGAACACUUCAAAGAUUUUGGAAAGAAUAAUAUUAUACUCCUCAAUGAUGCUGUUUUCAACAACAUGUUUGAUAUCGCGUUGGAUAUAGUCAAGAAUGAACCACAUGGUUUGGGUACUAAGAGCUGCGAACGGUGUCACAGCGCUUUGGUCACUUUGUCUAGUAUGCCUGCUGCAUUCUCAAGCAGCACUCGCUUUUCAUUUUGGCAAAGAUUGAUUUAUCAAUAUAUUCCUGUACAACAGCCGGAUUGUACAAGGGUUCGUGAAUACGAUCCUGGAAUGUACAAAGAGCCAAGCCAACCUUUGGCAGGACUAAUGCGUUUCUUGGAAUUUAUAGGAAUCAAGAAAAUUUAUGAGACGAAGUUGAUCCAUGUUCAAGCUCUACAACUCUUACGCCACAUAUGUCGAGAGUCAUCUGAUCCCAUAGAUGCUGAACAAUAUGAAGAAAUAACCACUGCUCUGUUUCGAGCAGUAAAGAAUGGCAUAACAGAGAUAAUUGUCGAAAUAAUUCAAGAAUAUCCUGAUAUGAUGUGGAAGAGGACUAACGACUACAAAAGAGACAUAUUUCAAUAUGCAAUCGAAAAGCGCCAAGAGAAAGUUUUCAGCCUCAUAUAUGGUCUUGAUGCGAGGAAGGUUCCGCUCAUCACAAGUGUUGAUAGCCAUCAAAACAAUAUGUUGCACAUAGCAGGUUAUCUAGCACCUCCCACGCAACUUGCUCAUAUAUCCGGUGCAGCUCUACAGUUGCAGAGAGAAUUACAAUGGUUUCAGGAGGUUGAGGGGAUUAUGAAUGCAAGGUCUAAAGAAACACUAAACAAAAAUGGAGAAACGCCUAAGCAAGUGUUCACUACGAACCACAAAGACCUGGUCAUUGAGGGGGAGAAAUGGAUGAAGGAAUUUGCUACUGCUUGUUCAGUUGUAGGUGCUCUUAUCAUUACUAUCAUGUUUGCUGCGGCAUUCACCGUCCCGGGCGGUAGCGAUGGAGAUACGGGCUUACCACUAUUCCUGCACAAAACAUCAUUCAUGGUUUAUAUAGUCUCUGAUGCAAUUGCUCUAUUCACCUCCUCAGCUUCAGUGUUGAUGUUUCUUGGUAUGCUCACGUCGCGGUAUUCGGAAGAAGAUUUCCUCAAGUCUCUGCCUAGGAAACUCGUGUUUGGCGUUUUCACCCUCUUCUGCUCAAUUACAGCUAUGAUGCUCACCUUCUGUGCUGCUCUUGUGAUUAUGCUCAAAGGACAGUUAGCGGUGAUUGUUCCAAUUGUUGUGCUUGCGAGCUUCACUGUGGGGGUUUUUGUAGUUUUACAGUUUCCACUCCUUUUUGACAUUUUGCAUUGUACGUAUGGAACAAUCUUCACUAGAAAAAUGGAGCCUUGGCUCUCUAAGUGAUCUUCUCCAUAACCAUGUACCAUGUUGAGUACUUUAAUUUCCCUUUUUAAUGAAAAUGCUCAUGUUAUCAAUGAAAAAUAUUGGUUGUUUUCCA